AACGAGAGAUCAAUCUACAUGCAAAUAAUGGCGAAAAACACUAAAGUCAAUACCUAUAUGUAUGUGUUUCUCUUUGUUUUCCUCCUCCUUGUUCAUUCAGAUCCGGUGGUUGGUAUGAAAGAGACGAAUGGCCUAUGCAGACGGAGAAGCAAGACGUGGUCAGGGUACUGUGGGGACUCGAAGCAUUGUGAUCAACAAUGUCGCGAUUGGGAGAAGGCGGAGCAUGGAGCAUGUCAUCAGCAAGGUGUCGGCAGAGCCUGCUUUUGCUACUUCAAUUGCUAAAUAUGAGAAUAUAUAUAUGGGUUUCAAAUUUAUAAAUCAUGGUUCAGCUGUUGCAUUUCGAUUUCAAUAAAAGAAUUUGUGGGUUUUUGUUUUGUUAGUGAAUGAAUGAAAUAAACUAGUGUGUUUUUGCGUA